AUGCAGGAGAGACUGAGGAAAGCCGAGGAGGACGUGGACGAGGAGGAUGUUGAUGAAGAACCUGAAGAAGAUCUGACAGUGGAGCAACUGCAGGUGAAAGCUGAAGAAGGAGAUGCCAGAGCCCAGACUCGGCUGGGUCAGCACUAUCUUCUUCUUGCUGAUGAGAAGGACACAGAGCAAAACAACCGUUUAGCUGUCAGCUGGCUCAUUAAAGCAGCAAAACAGGGAAGAAAAGGUGCUGCCAAGAUUCUGCGCCGUUGUUGGAUACAGAAAAAAGGGAUUACACUUGAGAAUGAAGCCGACGUACGAAAGUUGUCAACUGAGAGUAAGUUUGAGCUGGCGGUGCGUAAAGCGGCCAUGAUGAUGUACUGGAAGCUCAACCCAGACAGGAAAUCAAAGGUUGCAGUGGCGGAAAUGCUUGAGAAUGUGAGCCAGGUCAACACAGCUCCAGGUGGCACUGUAAGCAAUAUUGACGCCCCAACAUCCAGCCAGACACAAAAAGUACUAGAGAGCAUGGUCAGCAAUGAGGCCAAAGAGAUGGUGGACCUGGAUGACUUUGUUGAGAUGACUAAAAACUAUGCUCAAGGAAUUGUUCAGUCUACACCUGCAAAUGAUGACAAGGAAACAAAUCAAUCCGAAAAAUCUGGAUUUUUAACCAGCAGCUAUAAGUGUAAAGCUGAGUCUGCUCCUCCAGUUGGCAGAAAGCACCACAAAAGUACAUGGGGUGGAAUGAUGCUAGAAACCAACCAGACAGUGGCCUUGAAAAGAGCCAUGGAUAUGAAAUCACGCUUAGUGAUGCUGCAGUAUCCAUUACAUGGGAUUAUCGAGGUGAAGGAGCGCCUUGUGGACUGGGCCUCUCGAGCUGGUGUGCAGUGGCUGAGCACCAUUAUUCCAACACAACACGUCAACGCGCUCAUUUUCUUCUUCAUCAUCAGCAACCUCACCGUGGACCUGUUUGCAUUUGUCAUCCCACUACUGGUUUUUUACCUGUCCUUCAUUGCCAUGAUCAUCUGCACUCUGCGUGUAUUCAAGAGCAGCAAGACAUGGGAAAAUUUCAAAACCUUGACGUCUCUGCUAACACGUUUUGAGCCUGGGUUGGAUGUGGAGCAGGCUGAAACCAACUUUGGCUGGAACAAUCUGGAGCAGUACAUAUAUUUCAUCAUAUCAGUCUUCUUUGUCAUCUUCUCCUUCCCUGUGGCGGACAAGGGCUGGAUCCCUUGCUCUGAGCUCUCCACUGUGGCCAUUUUCUUCACAGUGAUCAGUUACCACAGUCUCAGUCCAGCUGCAGCAAUGUAUGCACGAAAAGCAAUGCUUAUAGAGGUGGCAUCAUUUUUAUGUGGCAUGACGCAGUUUUUGCCUGAGAAAAUGACUGCAUUGCGAUUACUGGGACACACCUUUGCCACAGUGCCUUUGGGGGAAUCUGUUGUGUUCAAGCUCAGUCUCCCCUGCCUCCUCUAUGCCUAUCUGUUCUUUCUGAUAUUCAGAAUGGCCGUGUUGCGUGGAUUUCGAGGCACAUACUGCUUCCUGGUGCCAUACCUGGUGUGUUUCAUGUGGUGUGAGUUCUCUGUGGUGCUCCUCCAGCAUUCGUCUGCCGUGGGCCUGAUCCGCACCUGUGUGGCCUACUUCCUCUUUCUGUUUGCCUUACCUGUUCUUGCCUUUGGCCUUGCUACUAUGCUUUUCAUCCAAGUCUUUAAGUGGUUUCUGGAGCUUGAGCUGACCAAAGUGAUCGUCACCCUGAUUGUGUGUGCCAUCCCGGUCACCCUGCGCCUCUGGACUCGAUUCAGCACCUCCAUCUUGGAUGUUCUCAGAUCUCUGACGCACCGUGGACCUGUCAAACUCAUCCUGCUCUGCAUCUCCAUGGUGCUUUUAUUUUUUGCAGUUUAUAUAUAUUACGCCGAAGGACAAAAAGUAUACAACUCAACUCUCACCUGGCACCAGUACAGCGAGGCAUGUGGUCCACCAUCUUGGAAGUCUAAAGGAAUGGCUCAAACUCAGAUCUUCUGCAGCCACCUGUAUGGACACAGAGUGACCUGGACUGGGCGCUUUAAGCAUGUCCGUGUGGCAGAGACUGAGAAUGGAGCUCAUUCUGUUAUCAACAUGCUGCCUGUUUUCAUGGGAGACUGGCUGCGGUGCCUCUAUGGAGAAACUUACCCUAAAUGUGACCCUAAGAAUACCACAGAGGAAGAAGAGCUUUGUGAGAUAAAGGCUCUGGCCAAACACACCUGCCAUGUCAAACGCUUUGAUAGUUACCGCUUUGAGGUGACAGUGGGGAUGAUCUACGAGGGACAUCCUGAAAAAGAGGAUCCUGCCCGAGAUAUACUUUUAAUGGCCACUCAUGAGUUUAGGCAAGUUUUGUUAAAUUUGGACCCUGGAAACCUGGUGGAGUUCAGCACUAAACUGGAAGGGCGUUUGGGGGCCAAAGCUCCGGCGUUUGAGCUGAAGGCAAUUCACUGUCUGGACUGUCCCUCCUCACUGCUGACAGGAGGAAGGCAGGUGAAGAUCGAGAGGAACUGGAGACGCACCACAAUGAGAGCCUUAAAGUUUGCUUUUGAUUUCUUCUUCUCUCCAUUUCUAUCGGCAAAAAUCUCACCAUAAAGAAGACAUAAACACCAAUAGUCAUUGUUUACAAUUAUUUUUUGUUAUAAAAGUAAAUGCAACAAAAAAUAUUUUAAACCCUUAAAUCACACUACAAUGCAAUUAUUUAUUGUUUGUAUCUAAACAGAUGCACAACAGAAACAGAAAAAUCUAAAACAUGAUUGAAAUUGUUUCCUGAAAAUACAUGUAUGUAUUAAAUGAACAUUCUUUAGACUUAAAAUAUUUUCUUAUAGAAUUUUAGCACUGAUUUAGCACUCUUGUUGUUUUUUUUUUGUAUUGUAUGUGUUUGCAAA